AUGGACUCGAACAGUGACAAUGCAAGCAAGAAACGGACAAGAAAGUGGCAUCAGCGGGGGUUUUCAGGCUGCUCAACAUGCAAAAAGAGACACGUCAAGUGUGACGAGACAGCACCGGCAUGUUUGAACUGCACCAGGCGUGGUAUAGAAUGCGACGGCGCCCAUCAGAACGCUACGUUCAAAGUAUACAUGCAAACACCACCAAUUCCUGCCUCGAGUCAAGAAAUGGCGAAGGCUCACGGGGCCGCAAUGACCAACUGCAACUACAUGCAAUCGAUUGAUACGAAAGAGAAAUACGUAUCUCAGAACAAAGACGGCUCGCAUUAUGGAACAUUGAACGUUGACGAAGGAAUAUACUAUUCUUACUUUGUGGAUACAGCAUCUACAUUUCUCACCAUAUACGAAACACCAUACCACUCGAAUCCGUUCAGAAGCAUGUUCCCACAAUAUGCAUGUACGUCCAGAAUACUAUCCAAAGCAAUGGGCGCUGUGGGGGCACUCCACCUUGCAAACACUACUGCCGGCCAGGAUAGAGCUGUGCAUCUCCACCAUGCCAUGAAUGCGUAUGGGGAUAUUGUCCAGUCUCUGGGGCAAGCCUGGAGUAACCCUAGAUGCCAAUUCAAACUUGCGGAUUUUGCAACUUGUUUGCUUUUAUGCGUCUUCGAGAUGUUAGAUUCACAGAUCGAAAACUGGAAAGUGCAUCUAGCUGGGGCUCGGGAUAUCUUCAACUCUCUUGACUCCUCAACAGCGGCUCUGUCACGCGGGCAAACCAAUCCUCUAGAUCAACCAUUUAAAGCUUUCCUGGUCUCUCUGAUGGAGUACCUUGAAGUUGUGGGUGCGAUAUCCACUAAUGAAAGAAUGACACAGCGUGGCCCUUAUCGUGAAGUGUAUGGCAACGGACAGCAAAUCCCGUUUGAAUCCCCAACAAUUAACCCAGCGCAUUAUGCCCUCUCUAACGACAUACGCCACGCUUGGUCUGAAUUAUUGGGUAUCAAAGCAGAUAUUGAUUUGUUCCACGGCGCAAGAGCCAUGGUAUCAUCAUGGGAAGCAGCCUUCUGGUUCGAGGGUAUAUCCGAUAGUCAUGAGAAUGACAGCUUGCCGGAAAUCAUAGCAUUUGUCAAAGCUCAUGAACAAGCAAUGAUAAUAUACUUGCACAGGGCUAGCACUAGCGGACACCAGAGAACUCAUCACUCGCCUGCACAUCUGCGAACCGCAAUACGCCGCAUCAUAUCGUUAGCAAAACGGAAUGCAAGGGGAAUUGGAAGACUAGCUAUGCAUUGGUCCAUGUACAUGGCUAGCCUAGAAGCUAUGGACGAAAAUGAUCGUGCCUUUAUAAAAGAAUGGUAUGGGGAAGCCACAUCCGUUGGAUUCAGAGUUACGGACAAGGCAUUGCCGAUACUAGGGCAUGUUUAG